CUGCCGCGACAGAGCCACACAUUUCAAACUCUCGCAUUCAUGGAAGGAACAAAGAAACACUCAUCGGAAGAGUUGGGCGAGCUCUCGGGGAAACACUCGGAGGAAAUCACGUUAAAAUGGUCUAUACACAAGCUCUCGUUUUCGGUAACGGGAUGUCCGCCAGGAGCGUGCAGGAAAACCUAGCGGAGAACCUGAGCUUUCUACAGUGCUUCAGAUCAGACAGACAGAAAGUAAAAGACUGCGGCAGGCUCAUGAAAGCACAGAGCUUAUCAAGUCUGGGAUCUGAGUGCAGUUUGGAAGAGGAAGAAGGAGAAGACGUGCGUCUUCAGCUCGACCUGUCCAAACGCAUAGAGAAGUGCCUCUAUGAUGCCAAAGGAGCGAGUCUGCGCUGCCAGGAGCUGCGUCUGCCCAGGCACAUGACCACACGUGUGGCCGGAGGCAUCCUGCGCUCAUCCACAGAUGAGCCGUGUGGGAUACGGGGCGCACUGAUCCACAUGUUCAUGGAAAGCAAAGGCACACUACUGAGGCUGGGCACCGUCAUUCCUGAUCACAGUCUCACGCCGACCUUCGAGGUCUCGGUGGUCCUGCAGCCUGACAUGGGUGGAUGGCCUCCGCUGAAGAUCCUGUUCGGGAGCGGGAAGGUCUUGUGUCUCCGACGGGAAUACCGGCUGAUCAAGCGGAAGCUCUACUCAUCCGCCACACCUACUGUACUUGAGUUUUAUUAAAAUUGUGGCAUUAAGAGUAAAAUAAGAAGACAAUGCCUGAGGUCUCAGAGGAUGAGGACAACUUUAGGAAAUGUUCAUUUUGCACAUUGUUUUUCACUGUUACAUCAAUAUAUUUCAGAGUUCUCCGAAUGACGUUUAAAACUUAAAAUAAGUUGAUAUUGUGCAGCUGAUAUUUCUGGCACAAUAUGAGCAGCUAUGUUGUUAUAAUAUUGCUUUAUAUGAUACUUAAAAGAUCAUUAUUAUACAUACAAACAAAUAACAUGGAACCCAAUGCAUAAACACAGUUCGAAAGUUUAAAGUUAGUAAGAUUUUUAAAGAUAUUAAUUUCUCACUGACCAAUUAUGUAUAAUCUGGGAUUAUAUAAUGUUGUAAAAGCUCAUCAAAGAAUAACAAACACUACUAUGUUACUAGUUGUAUUUGUCAGGUGACACCGCAUGUGUGAUAAGAUCACAGUGGCAUGUUUGUAUGACUUGUGUUGCGACUGCAGAAUGUUCAGUUUUGAUUCUUCACUACUGUUUACUGAUGUUCAGGGAAAUAAGAGGGUUCAGACUGUAUAUGAAUCCCUCUGCUGAUAAAUGUUUGACGCCAUUAAGUUAUUAGUGUGUUUUUGUCUUGUGACUGUGAAACGAAUGGGACAAGCUGGUAUUGUCUCCCAGUGAAGCAUUUGUAAUAGUAUUUUUGUUUGAAAGCACAGGUGGAAUAAAUUA